AUGUUCAUAAGCUUGCUUCUUCCGGGAGCAGCAUGCCGGCCUCUCAUAACCCAAUUUUCUGUAUGUUCAUUAUUUCCUUCAUUGUCAUCUCCGCCUUCACGACGUAACCUCUUCGGCGUGUAUCAGCUGACCAGGCUGGCCAACGACGCAGCUGAACAGGCGGCGCGCGAUCGUCUCGCCCACGAGCAGGCUCUGGCCAAACAGCGAACAGUCCUUAUGGGCGAAAGCAACCGGAUACGUGGAGAGGCCGAGACCGCGGCUGCCGAGGCUUCGCGUCGACACGCCGAGGCUGUACGUGCCCUCAAGGCAGCCGCAGCACUCGAGGCGCACCGAAGGCGUAAAGAAACGUCUUCUGCGUCUGCGGCAGCAGCAUCGAAUGCAACCGCGGCGACAUAUACUUCGACUUUGAAGGCAGCGGCAGGAGAGAUGAAUAUUCCAUCCUCGACACCCUCUGAAGGGCAGGCACAAGCGGUGACAACAGAGUGUCUUGUCAGUUGUCUACGACAGGCACAAGAAGAUCGGGCCAACUCUCUAGCCAAACUGGCAGAGGUUGAACUGAAAGCCAGACAGUUGGAACAAGCACUGGAUACCGCUAAUGUAGACAUUUUUCUUUUUUUAUGCUGUUUCAGAGAGCUAAUCUGUUUAUAG